UGGCUCACCUCUCCCUGCUCAUCCUCCUCCGUUUCUCCACUCGCCCAUGGGCGCUGCAACCUUCUUCAUACUCCAGAGUUGACAGAUGGGUAUACUGGUGAUUACGGUAGACCUGCAAUGCUGCCGCUGCAAGAAGAAGAUCAAGAAUGUCCUCGAGUGCCUCCAAGAGGAUUUCUGCAUCGAGAAGAUUGAGUACGAGGACAAGGACAAUUUGGUGAUCGUCCGUGGGAAAUUCGAUGCCGAGAAGCUCUGCAAAAAGAUCUGGUGCAAGGCCUGUAAGGCCGUCAAGGAUAUCAAGAUCGUAGCAGAAUGGCCGGCGCCAAAGCCGCCGGCGGCAAAACCAUGCCCAGACAAGCCGCCGAAACCAUGCACGUGUAAAUGCACGCCUCCGCCUGAGACGCCGAAACCAUGCACGUGUAAAUGCACGCCUCCGCCUGAGACGCCGAAACCAUGCACGUGUAAAUGCACGCCUCCGCCUGAGAAGCCAAAACCAUGCCCAUGCAAAUGCACGCCUCCGCCUGAGACGCCAAAACCAUGUCCCCCGAAGCCAUGCACGCCGGCUCCGGCUGAGCCCAAACCAUGCCCUAAGCCGGAGCCGGAAACGAAACCGCCGCCGCCGCCGCCCAAACCAACAUACAAGUUCGUGCCAUACCCGUACCCGGUUCCGUACCCUAUGCAGUGCCAGAGCUCGUCGUGGAACUGCCCUCCGCAGAAGUGCUGCCCUGUCGAAAAGCCGCCGCCGCCCCCACCGCCGCCUCCCCCACCACCGCCGGAGCCUUGUCAGUGCUCGCAGUCGCAUCAGCCCGAUCACGGUGGUUGUGGCUGCGGCAAGCCGCCUAAUUGCUGGCCGCCGCCCACCUGGCCGCCGCAGCAACCCUGCUUCAUGCCGCCGCCAUGGUUCACGGAGGAGAACCCGUCGGACGCCUGCUCCAUCAUGUGAUGAUUGAUCUUUUAUUACUACUACGAUGAAGACCGCAUGGAAUUGCUCUCAACUGCAUUGAUGUGAUGGUGCUACGGUAUCUGCACCGGGUAAAAAGAGCUCUACCGUGUAUCGAAAACCAGAAUAAUGCGAGCCGUCCAGUGUUACUUCUGUUUAUUUGUGAAUGUAAUCAUGUUCGGGAGGAAGAUGUGUUUACUUCCGUUUAUUUGUGAACGUAAUCAUGUUCGGGAGGAAGAUGUGUCAUAUACUGCGCCCACUAAAUGUCCGGAUAUUAGUAAGAGCAUCUUUUCAUGUU